AUGAUGCGCUUCUUACUCUUCGCGAUUAUCACAGGCCUCGCAGCCGCGCAGAGCGGGCGCUCAGCCAGAGGAGUGAAUGUGAAGAACGCAUGGGUCGUCGACAAGCAAUACACCUUUCAGAAAAACUCCUACUGGAACUUCAGCAGUAUGGCCAAUAUGGCCAUCGGUCAAGUCCCAUCUGGGUUGAAAGCGAGCAACUACCCCGUCGACACCUACUUCUUCUCGCCAGCGAACGUUUUGGUCAAAGAUGGCUACCUUCAGCUUUGGGUCAAGAACAAAUCAUUCCGAUCCGGCGAGGUCACGGUGUUGCAGAAAGUGAAGUACGCUUCUGUUCGAACCGUCGCUAUCCUCUCCGAGCCUGCUGGUGUUUGCAAUGGAAUGUUCUUCUACCAGUCCGACACCCAGGAGACGGACAUUGAGUUCCUGUCAAAUGCAAAGUCUGCGAGCAAUACAGAUGCGACCUCAGACGCCAAUGCCAAAUCCAACACUCGUUGGCUGUGGCUCUCGAACCAAGCAUCCAGCUACACCGGAACGAAGACAACGCAACCCGUCGCGCUGCCUGCCAAUCCGACCACGACGGAGCACGAAUACCGUCUGGAUUGGCUCCCGGGAGUGACCAAAUUCUACGUCGACGGUGUUCUCGUCUGGAGUUCUACCAAGAACGUGCCCUCUGUCGCGGGAACUUGGGUUUUCAACAACUGGGCUGAUGGAGACACGGACUGGAGCGCUGGCCCGCCUGCUACAGAUGCCGUUUUCAAGAUCAAAGAGAUUGACAUGUACUACAACACUUCGUAA